AUGGCAUCUACAGAAGAUUCGAGAGUCGUCAACAUCGGCACACGCCGCUCGCAACUGGCCAUCGCUCAGGUCGACAUGAUUGUCAAACACCUCCAAACCUUCGCACCUGGUCCUGAAUACAAAUCCCAAGUGGUCAGCACAAUGGCCGAUGAGAACCAAGUAAAGUCAUUUCAAGAGUUCAACGCCAAAAGUAUCUGGACCGAGGAAUUAGAGAAGCUCUUGAUGGAAAAGAAACUUGAUGUCAUCGUUCAUUGCUUGAAAGACGUACCCACAACAUUGCCCGAGUCUUGUAUUCUGGGUGUCAUCUGCGAACGCGAAGAUCCUCGCGACGUGAUGGUGAUGAAGGAGAAUGCACAGUACAAGUCUUUACAGUCACUUCCAUCUGGCUCCAUCGUUGGUACUUCGUCAGUUCGCAGAAAGGCUCAGAUUAUGCGUCACUAUCCUCAUCUUAUAUGCGAGGACGUCAGAGGUAACCUCAACACCAGACUACGGAAGUUGGAUGCUGAGGAGAGCCCGUAUGCCUGUCUGAUCCUCGCAGCUGCGGGCUUGAAGCGCAUUGAUCUCGGCUACCGCAUCACACAGUAUUUGGGCCCGGAAGAUGGCAUGUUGUAUGCUCCUGGCCAGGGUGCGUUGGCUCUAGAAGUCAGAGAGGGCGACGAACAGACACUCCAGCUAUUGAGUUCGCUGUCUCACAAAACGACGACAUUGGCGUGUUCUGCUGAGAAGAGCCUAUUAAAGACCUUGGAGGGCGGCUGCUCAGCACCCGUUGGUGUACACACUGACUGGGAAGGUGAUCUGUUGACUCUGCAUUCCACCGUCACCAGUCUCGACGGCAAGCAGAUGGUGGAGAUGAGCAGAAAGCAGGUGGUAACCACUACAACCGAGGCCGAUGCUCUCGGAAAGGAUCUGGCGGAUAGCAUGAUCUCAGAAGGCGCAAACACCAUCUUGGAAGAAAUCAGAGCUGGUCUCAGAUGA